CAUUCCUCACUUCACUCAGCUGCGUCACACACACACAGACACACUCACACACACACACACACACUCACACUCACACACACUCACACACACAAACACCAUGGCUAUGAAGCAGGUUUUCCUGAUCAGCGUUAUUGUUGUUGCCUAUUUUGCUGCAGCAGGAACCGGAGCAGACAGCAGCACCACACCUCGCAAGGCGAAAUGUGAGAACUUCCCUGAUGAUAUGUGUACACGUGAAUAUGUGCCUCUGUGUGGCAGUGAUGGACUCACGCACUCCAAUGAGUGCAUACUGUGUUCAGAUAUCAGAAAGAAACAACAGGAUAUCAUGGUGGUGAAGGAGGGAGAAUGCGUCUCUACCUAGCGGCACGUACCGAGCUGACUCACCUGCUCACGUCACGUCACGUCUCUGCUCACGUCACUCUUCAGCUACACGUCUUUGUGUCUGUCAGCAGCAGUGUAGGAAAUUCCUGCUGAUCCUCCACUAAUAAUAAAUAAUAAAUCUUUCUUCAUGAGUUUAAACCACAAAUGUUUUUCCCACAAAAAGAAUUAUAAAUAAUAAUAUAUUAUAUGUUUAAUGUAUUCAUAUUAUUUAUCAUUAUUACACUUCUACACUGAUUACGGUUAUGGGAUCAAAUAUUUAUAUUUUAUCUGAAGGUGGAAAUAAUCAGCUGAUUUAACCACAGAAAUAAAAAAAUGCACAAUAAAUAAAUAGAUAAAUAAAUAAAUAAACAGA